UAUGCUGAGAGGAUAUGGUUUAAUGAAAUAAUGUUCUUAGGGAAAUUUGCGGAUCUGAAGGUACAUCACCGAGGUUGGUAGUCGUGGUCCCUCUGUUUUGACUGUUUUGAAGCCUAUUUCAGAAGUGUGUGAAAAUCGUGGAAAUGGCGGACACUCCAGCGAAGAGUCCUGCAAAACCCGCAGCCAAAGCAGGCGUCAAGGCUGCGACCAAAGCAGCAAAGGCUGCUGGAGCUAAAGCCGCUGGUAAAGAAAAGAAAGUUGUCAAGAAAAGGAAAGUAACUGCAAAGGAUUUUCCAGCUAAGAAAUUACCAGCAGUACCAGAGUCCAUACUCAAGAAACGUAAACGCAGGGAUGAACGGACACAGCGUCAACUCUUCCGAUCAGUCAAGGGUAACCUCAACAGGAUUAAGAAACGAAGAACUAUUUUCUUGCGAGCUGAGAAAUAUGUUAAGGAAUACAGAAUGAAAGAACGAGCUGAACUUAAAAUUGCUCGUGAUGCCCGUAAGCGCGGCAAUUAUUAUAUUCCAGGAGAAGCCAAAUUGGCUUUCGUCGUCAGAUUGAAGGGUAUCAACAAAAUUCCACCAAAACCAAGGAAAGUCAUGCAGUUGUUUAGAUUGCGCCAAAUCAACAAUGGUGUUUUUAUCAAAUUAAACAAGGCUACAUUGAAUAUGCUUAGAAUUAUUGCUCCUUAUGUCACAUGGGGCUACCCCAACCUGAAGAGCGUGCGUGAACUGCUGUACAAACGAGGAUUCGCCAGGAUCCGAGGUCAAAGAAUCCCGAUCACCUCCAACAGGAUGAUUGAGACACAUUUAAAACGUUACAACAUCAUCUGUAUGGAAGAUUUAGUUCAUGAAAUUUUCACCGUCGGGAGGAACUUCAAAUACGCAACGCAUUUCCUAUGGCCUUUCAAACUCAACACGCCAACCGGUGGAUGGAAGAGGAAGUCUGUUCACUACAACGAUGGUGGUGACUUUGGAAACCGAGAAGACUUGGUCAACAAACUUCUCCGAUCAAUGGUCUAAUUUUUUAUGUUUUUACUUUUUUUUCAUACUCUUGACUUCCAUAGAGUCAAUAAAACACUGACUUUUGUUAAA